UCUCAACACUCAUAAUCGCAUGGGGUUUCAUAGUAGUAGCCAUGGCAUUUGUAAAAAAUUAUUCUCAAUUGAUGGCUACAAGAUUUUUAUUAGGUGUUUUUCAAUCUGGUCUUUAUUCUGGUAUUAUAUUUUAUCUUACUAAAUGGUACAAGAAAUCUGAACGAAGCUAUCGACUUAGCUUAUUUAUUGCUGGAUCCAUAAUUGCUGGUGCAUUUAGUGGUCUUGUGGCAUUUUCGAUCACAAAUUUGAAUGGUAAAUUUGGUUUGAAUGGUUGGCAAUGGAUAUUUCUUAUUGAAGGAGCGAUUACAGUUAUAUUUGCAUUUUGUUGUUACUUUUUAAUCUCUGAUUAUGCGGAAACCACUACUUGGCUUACGGAUGACGAACGAAAGCUGGCCGUUGAAAGAUUACGACUUGAUACGGGACAUGCCCAUAAUACUCAUUUUGAUAAGCAUCAGAUUAUUUUGGCCUUUAAAGAUUUG